CCUCAUAACAUCUCAAAACCAAAGUUUUAUCUCCUCAAGUACCAUACAUCGAUCUCCAUCAACAAAAAGUGACAAAUAUUCACUAUAUUGCUUUGCUUUUUUCUGUAAGAUGAAAAUGGAUAGCCCGAAAUCACCUCUUCAGCCUCCGACCUACGGAAACUUAGUGACAAUCCUCAGCAUCGACGGUGGUGGCAUUAGAGGGCUUAUCCCUGCAGUAAUCCUUGGUUUUCUCGAGUCCGAACUUCAGAAAUUGGAUGGGGAAGACGCAAGGCUUGCAGACUACUUUGAUGUAAUGGCAGGAACAAGCACCGGUGGUCUGGUGACAGCCAUGCUCACCACUCCUAACAAGGAAGGCCGACCCUUGUUUGCAGCCUCUGAGAUAAAAGACUUCUAUCUUGAGCAGUGUCCAAAGAUCUUCCCUCAAGAUCAUUUCCCAUUUUCGGCUGCUAAAAACCUUGUGAAAUCCUUGACUGGUCCUAAAUAUGACGGUGAAUACCUUCAUCAACUUAUCCACGCUAAGUUGGGUGAUACAAAGUUAAAUCAAACGCUUACCAACGUUGUCAUUCCAACUUUUGAUAUCAAGCGUCUUCAACCUACUAUCUUUAGUAGUUACGAGGUGAAAAACAAUCCUCUCAAGAAUGCAACCCUCGCUGACAUUGCUAUCUCAACUUCAGCAGCCCCUACUUACUUGCCUGCCCAUUUCUUUAGAACUGAAGAUUCGACUGGAAACGUUAAAGAAUACAAUCUUAUUGAUGGCGGAGUUGCAGCUAACAACCCGGCUUUGGUGGCCAUUGGGGAGGUAACAAAUGAGAUCACAAGAGGUAGCAGCGAUUUUUUCCCGAUCAGACCAAAUGAUUAUGGAAGGUUUCUUGUUCUUUCGCUUGGAACCGGAAACCAUAAAUGCGAAGAGAAAUUCAAUGCAAAAGAAGUAGCUGGCUGGGGGUUAUUGAGUUGGUUAACACACGAUAACUCUACACCUCUCAUUGAUGCUUUCACGCAAGCUAGCUCCGACAUGGUUGAUUUUCAUCUAUCUGCUGUUUUCCGAGCUCUUCAUUCCGAACCCAACUAUAUUCGUAUCCAGGAUGACACAUUAAAUGGAGAUGCUGCUUCUGUGGAUAUCGCUACGGUCGAGAAUCUUGACAUUCUUGCCAAGACAGGAGAGGAACUACUCAAGAAACCUGUUUCUAGAGUCAACCUAGACUCCGGUUCUAACGAAAAUGCCUAUCAAACAACUAAUGGAAUGGCUCUUAUAAAGUUAGCAGGAAUACUUUCAAAAGAGAAGAAGAUCCGAGACGUGCGAUCACCUCAUGGAAAAGCUCCAAUGAAGAUGUAAAGAGAUCAUUAUUUUAUUUUUAUAGUGUAUAUUGUUCAUGAUUUGUUUGUUUCACUAAUGCACGUCUGGGUUUUAUAUUAAUAAAAGAUUGUGGCUCAUUAUAGCCAUUUGUACAAUUGAAUAAAGUCAGUGGGAAAUGCUAAUAUUGUUUCGUCUUCUUCAAA